AUGACACCAUGUUUACCUGGUAUAAGAUGUUUAAAAAUGAGUUCGUCGGAUUGGAAUGGUUUGGAUGGAAUGACACUAAUUAUUUGGCUACUGUUGGCAUCCAAUGUUAGAGAAUUUUAUUUGCCAGGAACGAAUAAUGCUGAUAAAUUACAACUAGGAGAAGAACUCAACGUAUUAUUUACAAUUGAUUCACGUUUGAGAACGAUUUCAACUCGUAUUGAACGAGUCAUUAUUAAUUGGUCUUUUGAUCAGAAUGAUGAUCAAACAAAACCGGAAGUUUUCGAUCUUUUUGCAAAAUUUUUUCCAAAAGCUAUCAUUUGUAAUGUGUAAAAUUCUUGCAUGGAAUUAUGUCUAUAAAUAGUUUUCCUACAAAACUAUAUCAGAAUCAAAUAAAUCUAAUAUUAAUAUAGAAAAACAUCUCUCAACAUAAAAUGAUGCAAUUGCUGUUGAUAGUCACAAGAAGAUUGUUAUAGUCUAUGUAUUUCAGAUCAUACUUCUUUACUGUUCAUUUACUUAAUCUUCCAAAAAUGUAAUAAGAAAAUAGUUCAUAUAUUAUGACGAGACGUUAUUGAUUUCCAGUCUGUAAUUGUAUAUCAAUAACAUUUCUCAUAGUCUGUGAUGACGUGCAAAGUUCUAUCCUAUGGUUUAAUACUCCUUUUAGAUCAUAUUUCACAAAACCUAUAGCUUAAUGAUUUCAAUACUGAAGUCGCUACUAUUUUACACUGAUAUAUUCUUAUUGAGAAUAAUGUUUUCGACUAGAAUCAUCAGUUUGAACUACUUUAUGCGUUUGAGAUUAUUAAAAAGAAGAGGCAAAUAAGUCUUGUUCAACAAAUUCUUAUUCGAUUAUAUUGUUUAUUUUUAUUGUAAUCAAAUGAAUAAUCAUUUUAUAGAAGUAUGUAAAACAGCUGUUAGCGCAAUCCCUUGCGGGAUUAAAAAUGUGAAACACGAUAGACCUACUGUUACUAAUUAAAUGGAUUUCGUUUUCUUCCGUUUUUUUAUGAUAGAUUUCUAGCUUAUCGUUUGUUUUAAUCUUCCAAAACUACAGUUUCUGUGUAACAGUCUGUGAAGGGUUUAGAUAUUCUCUGUCACGGCCUGUAAUGGCCUCUGGAGUCUCUUUGUCGUGGUCUGCGAUGGGUUUGGAGCUUCUCUGUCACAGUCUGUGAUGAUUAUUAAUUUUCUAUCACGGUCUGUGACGGUCUCUGAGGGUUCUCUGCCACGGUCUGUAAUGGUCUCUGGGGUUUCUCUGUCACGGUCUGUGAUGGUCUCUGUGGUCCCUGCGUCACGAUCUAUGAUAGUCUUUGGGGACUCUCUGUCACGGUCUGUGAUGGUCUCUGAAGUCCUUCUGUCACGGUCUGUGAUGAUCUCGGGAGGAGGGGGUUCUCUGUCACGGUCUGUGAUGGUCUCUGGAGUCCCUCUGUCACGGUCUGUGACGGCCUCUGAGGGUUCUCUGCCACGGUCUGUAAUGGUCUCUGGGAUUUCUCUGUCACGGUCUGUGAUGGUCUCUGUAGUCCCUCCGUCAUGAUCUGUGAUAGUCUUUGGGGACUCUCUGUCACGGUCAGUGAUGGUCUUUGGGAGUUCUCUGUCACAGUCUGUGAUGGUCUUUGGGAGUUCUCUGUCACGGUCUGUAAUGGUCUCUGGAGUCCUUCUGUCACGGUCUGUGAUGGUCUUGGGGGG